AUGUCAAACAGUCUGGAUAGUUUUUUAACCCGAAUAGGAGAUGUUACUAUUGAACGAGUUACACCUCGAGGAAGUUCACGAUCUUCUGAUCGAGGAGAUAGUUGUCAUGACCGUGGUAAUAAAAGUAGUUUAAAUAGCCGAUCUCUCAGUGAUAGAGACUCUGAAGGAACAGGUGGAGAAGCGAGCGAUGUAGAGGAAGAGAAAAAAAAUGAACCUAUAGGACAAGAUGAUCUCGAUGAGGUCCAUUCUGACGGAUCUGGAGAUGACAUGGAUUUAGAUGAAACUAUCGACACAGAAAUCGGUGUAAGAGUUGACUCUGAAAGACAGCACUCAGAGUCCUCUUUUCAGGAUGAUGAUGUUGAAGCUGUUAAUAUAUUGGACACUCUUCCAUUGGAAGGUGCUCCAAUUGAAGGCCAAGAAGUUACAGAAGCUGAUUUACUGGGUAAAGCUCUUUUGAAAGAUGACGAUGCAGAAAGUAUGGACAAUGAUAAUAUCCAAUCAGAAACUCAAUCAGGUGACGAAGAGGAUGAUGAGGGUGGUAAAAGGCGAGGAGAAGAUACCAGCGAUUCUGAUCCUGUUAAAAAGAAACAAAAAAGAGAUGACAAUUCUGAUGAUCCUGAGUGCGAGCUAAAGUCAGAAAAAAAGUUAGCCAAUAUGAGACGAAACAUCAGAGAAGUGAUGGAUGAGACACAGCUAGAUGAGGCUACGCUUGCUGCUCAACGCCAGGAAAUGGAGCGGUUGCGUCGAGUUCAGGAGCAACAGAAAAUAAUACGUGAGGUACAACGUCAAAUAGCAAUAAAUCGGCACAAUAAUAAAAAUCAAUCACGUGUAAUAAGUCUUCUUCAAGGAAAGAAUGAUAUUAGUACUUCACUAUCUGAAUCUUCCUCAUCUUCAUCAUCGCAGGUUAAAUUGCCAAAUACAGUCCUGUUCAAAGUUAACUCCAACAGUGGAUCUGGAGGACAAAUCUCUACUGGUGGAUCAGCUGGUCAGGUUCCAAGAAGACCAAUGGAAAAUUCACGGUGGCAGAAAGGAGGUAGAGGUGGUUAUCAAGGUAUGCAAACAUCAAUUUCACGUCUUUCUAAUCGAUCAUCACCCGGACAAACUGUAUUACAACAAAGAAUCCGAAUGAUGACUCCAUCCGUGAGUAUCUCACCUGUGGUUCCUAAAAAAGAGCCAUGUGACAGGUCUUAUUUUUACUCUGAUUCUGAAGCUUCGGAUGCUGAGAUAGAUGAUACAGCUUAUGAGAAAGAAUUACAUCCAAUGCAUAAGGCUUCGAGUACGUCUAGCUCACAAAAACCAGCUAAAGGUAAAGAUGUUGUAACUAUCUCUAGUUCAAGCGAGAGUUCGGAUGAUGAUUGUAUAGUUUUAAGUGAUCCCAGUGGUGGUGAAGAGACUGAUAAUGAAGAUGAUCCUUCUAAUUCUGGAAUGCAUACUAAUGAUCGAUACAAUGUUCCCGAUGAACACGGUCGAGUAUUAGUAAAUGUUGGUCAUCCAGACACCGAGCCCGAUGUUUAUUUAGCUCCUCAAGUAGCUCGUGUUAUUAAGCCCCAUCAAAUCGGUGGAAUUAGAUUUCUUUUUGAUAAUAUUGUUGAAAGCAUUGAACGGUAUAGUGGUAGCUCUGGUUUUGGUUGCAUUCUUGCACACAGUAUGGGCUUAGGAAAAACACUUCAGGUUGCCAGUUUUUGUGAUAUAUUUUUUCGUUGUACUCCUGCUAAAACUGUUCUUUGUAUCAUGCCGAUAAAUACUCUACAAAAUUGGCUUGCUGAAUUUAAUAUGUGGUUACCUUAUGAAGAUCCGAAUACUGUAAAAUCUGAAGUGCUGCCAAAUAAUCAAAAAUCAGAAUCCACCGGAGUUGAUAUUAAACACGAAGUUAAAGAAGAAAAUUCAAAUCAAACUGAUAUAUCUUCAAAUAUACCGUCAAGGCCUAUCAGUACAGAAUCAGCUCAUCGUUCCAUGUCAGAUAGCUCGUCACAAAUACCAGUAGGAAUGACUGGUAAUUCAUUUGGCAAUUCGAAUUAUGAUAGUCAUAGUAUUCAGAACAAUUAUUACAAUGAUCCGAUGAACAAAACAGGAAUUAAUCUCAAUACUUCUAAUCAUCCAAACUAUAAUAAUAGUACAAUUCAAAAUCCGAUGCAUCCGUCAAAUUUAGGGCAAAUUGAUAAUUUUGAAUCGAUGAAAAAAGAAACUGAUUGUCAUAAUACUACUUCAGGUUCGAAUUCAGGUUUUAUGAUUGAUGAUAAUAAUCAGCCAUUGAAUAAUAUGCACGAGCAAGUUAAUAAUAUGAUACGAGGUUCUUUAUAUUCAGGUGCAGAUAAUAGCAACAAUUCAAUGAUAAAUAAUGAAACUCAAGCUAAUGUUUAUUCAAGUUAUCAGAAUAUGCCAAAUAAUCAGUUUUAUGGAAAUAAUUCUCAAUCGCCAGUACCAAUAAAAGAAGAGAUUAAAAAAGAAUUUAUAUCUGAUCAUGAGAUUACUGUAAAAGAAGAGCCUAAAGAGACAACGAUGAAAGAAGAAAAUUCGUCAAGUGAUAAAGAAGAUGUAAGCAAUAAUAAGAAACCAACUCCUAAAGUAUCAACGCCUUUCAAUGUUGAUGCUGCAGUCGGAAUGGAAGUGCGUCCGAGACAUUUUCGAUUACAUAUACUCAAUGAUUCACAUAAAAAUAUGGCAGCUCGUGCAAGAGUUAUUCAAGAGUGGCAAAAAGUUGGUGGUGUUUUGCUGAUUGGAUAUGAAUUGUACAGACAAUUAUCGUUGAAAAAACCUAAUAAGGGAAAAAAAAAACGUGGCCAACCACUUAAAGAUACUAUUGACAUUGAAGAAGAGGAUAAAAAUAAAGGGUUGUUAGACGAUAUGCAUGGUGCUCUUGUAAACCCAGGCCCUGAUUUAGUUAUUUGUGAUGAAGGUCAUCGGAUUAAAAAUUCUCAUGCGAGUAUUAGUAUGGCGUUGAAACAAAUGCGUACAAAACGUAGGAUUGUUCUUACGGGUUAUCCAUUGCAGAAUAAUUUACUUGAAUAUUGGUGUAUGGUAGACUUUGUGAGACCUAAUUAUUUAGGUUCUAAAAGUGAAUUUUGUAAUAUGUUUGAACGACCAAUUCAAAAUGGUCAGUGUAUUGAUUCAACACCUCAAGAUAUUAGACUAAUGAGAUAUCGAGCUCAUGUUUUACAUGCACUUCUAGAGGGAUUUGUUCAGCGCCGAUCUCAUUCGGUACUUCAAAUAUCUCUUCCCAGAAAAGAAGAAUACAUUCUUCUCGUUCGAAUGACACCGUUUCAACGUAAAUUGUAUGAUACUUUUAUGAAUCAAGUCCUGAAAACACGAGCUGUACCAAAUCCACUUAAAGCAUUUGCAGUUUGUUGUAAAAUUUGGAAUCAUCCUGAUAUUUUAUUUCAUUUUCUUCGUAAACGUCAAGCUAAUGAAGAAGAUGAUUUAGAUUUAGAAGAAACAAUAGCUGAAAAAUCUAAUUCAGGAGGUAAACGAACUAAAGCCCGACAACCUAAAGGAGAAUCAAAGAGAGGUAAAAAAGUAAAUGCUACCAUUAAAAAUAAACCAGCUGCUAGCGUACCACCAAAUUCAUCAUUAUCAUCUACAAGUAACGAAACAUCUACACUUGAUAAUUCACAGUCUGAAACUAAAGAUAAUUAUUCAAAUUUUCCUCAACAAAAUAUGAAUCAAAAUUUUACUAAUUCUACACAGCAAAAUUCAUAUUCACAAGGCUAUCCAAAUUUCCGACCCAAUAAUCCGAAUAAUUAUUAUCGCAAUGAUCAGUCUACGAGAGAAUACAAUAAUUGUUAUAAUAAUCAAGGACAACAGGGCUUCCCUAAUCAAGCUUCAUCAUACCAAUCUUAUCAGACAAAUAAUCUUAAUUAUAAUCAGCCGCAAGGUUACUCUCAAAAUCCACAAGUUUAUAAUCCAAGAAACGAACAAACUAAUAAUAAUAAUACUCCUACUGCUACUACAAAUAAUAGUAAUAAUAAUAAUAAUAACAAUAAUAAUAGUAAUAAUACUAGUAAUAAUAACAGUAAUAAUAAUAGCAGCAGUAGCAAUAAUAGUAAUAUUAAUAUUAUUAAUAAUAAUAAUAAUAAUAAUAAUAAUAACAAUAAUUCACAGAAGUAUCCGCUGAAUCAACCGAAUACGGAUUUUAAUAAUGAUCAGAAUAAUUCUAAUAACUACGGUAUGUUUCCUAGACAACCGUAUAGUUUUCAGGAUCAAAACAGAAAUUAUCCUCCGAAUUCCAAUCAACCAUAUUCUCAAAAUACUGGAAAUACUGGUCAACCGUCUAACUAUAAAAGUUCAGUGCCGAGUCAGUCAGCCAAUAUACCAAUGCCUGAUUAUUCUUAUGGACAAUCCAAUCAAUCACAAAAUUAUUUAUCUGGAUCUGGAGCUAAUAACAAUACGUCACAAAUUUAUUCACAAAAUGAAAACCAAUCGAUACAAAAUCAACCGCCAGUAGGUUACUCUACAAAUCAACAAAAUCCUCCGGCUUCCCAACCACUUCCACCUCAAACUGGUUACAUAGGAAAUCAAGGGGCUCAUUUAAAUCAACAAAAUAUUAAUCCAAUGUUACCAAAUACGGGACACGGAUAUCCUUCUCCAGGUCGUAUGAAUCAGCCAGGACAUCCGAUUCAAAAUCCACUACCAGGAAAUCCUCCAAAUCAGAUGACUUCGCAUUUACCUAAUCAAAAUCAACCACCUUACUCCUCUAAUCCAAUUAACUCUUCUAAUCAGCCCACCUCAAAUGCAAUGACACAAAAUCAACCCCAUGGAUAUUUAAUUAACCAACAACAAAAUCAAACACAUGGAUAUCAGGCUACGUCACAACAAAAUCAAUAUGCUACGCAACAAGGCCCAGCAUCAUAUCCAACAAAUCAACAACCAUCAGGUUCAUUUCCACCCGGUCAAACGCAUGGAUAUCCAACUGAUCAACAAAAUUUAUCCCCUUCAAAACAAGGUUAUCCGGCAAGUCAUCACGUUUCAACCGGAAAUCAAGGGAGUACUACUUACCCAUCGAUUUCUCAACAGUGUCAGAUGCCUCCGUCAGUUAAUCAAGGUCACGUUUAUCCCACAAAUCAACAGGUACAACUUUCAUCUACUCAAAAUCAACCGCAUAGAUAUUCUCAAAAUCAAAGUUCAAUGCCUCCUAAUCCACCUAUGGGUUAUAAUACUUCCGGUAAACCUCCUGCAGGAGUUCAAGGAGAGCAACAAAAUUUAACUGAAAAUUAUCACGUUAAUCAAACUCAACAGCAAAAUCAAGAUAUUAAUAAUUAUGCUACGGAAAGUAGUAAUCAAAAUCAAUGUAAAAGAUCAGGUGAAAAUUAUUCGUGGCAAGGAAAUUAUUCUCAACCUAUACGACAAGAUCAGUGCAAUAAUCAGUAUUACCGAGAUCCAAGUGCUAAUCGCUAUGAUAAUAAUUAUUUUCCACCGCAGCAAAAUUACGAACAAAAUUCGUCUUAUGAUUACAAUCCUAGUAAUAGUGGAACACAACCGGGAUUGAUUGGUCGUAAUCAAAAAAUUACUGGUGGUUAUGAAAAAAAUACGAAAGAUGCGGGUACAAUUAAUCCUGGUGUACAAAGUCAACAGCCUCAAAAUAUUAAUCCUGAUACAAAUUAUAAUGGUAGUAAUGACAGCAAUAAUUCUAAACAGAAUAUCAAUUCAUUUCAAGCAAUUAAUAGUUGUCAUAAUUCAUUCGAAUCAAUUAAAGAAGAAGAUAAAGAAAAGGAUGAAAUAUCUCAAGUGGAUAAGGAUAAAGAAGACAAGUCAGAUGAUGAAAUUUUAACGAAAGAUGAAGAAAAAGAUCUGAAAAAUUCACCUGCAGGAAAAGAAGACGGUAUACCUUAUGAGUGGGCGACAGAGCUUAUGAAAGGAUAUGUUCCUGGAUUAAUAGAUGCUUCCGCAAAAAUGUCAUUAUUUUUUUGUAUUCUUGAAGAGUCAAUACUUAUUGGUGACCGCGUUCUUGCUUUUUCACAAUCAUUAUUCACAUUGAAUCUCAUUGAAGAUUUUUUAGCUAGAAAUAAUUUUAAAUAUGCUGAUGGCCAAACAGAAUCGUGGGUUAGGAAUGUUAAUUAUUAUAGAUUAGAUGGAAGUACAAGUGCAUUGGAAAGAGAAAAAUUAAUAAAUGAAUUUAAUCACAAUCCAAAGAUUCAUCUUUUUUUAGUAUCAACACGAGCCGGCUCGUUAGGUAUCAAUCUUGUUGGGGCAAAUAGAGCGAUAGUGUUUGACGCUUCAUGGAAUCCUUGUCAUGAUACACAAGCAGUGUGUCGUGUGUAUAGAUACGGACAACAAAAACCUUGUUAUGUUUACCGUCUGGUUACUGAUAACUGUUUGGAGAGAAAAAUUUAUGAUAGACAAAUUAGUAAACAAGGAAUGGCCGAUCGUGUAGUCGAUCAAUGUAAUCCUGAUGCGCAUUUAUCUUUGAAAGAAGCAACUACAUUGUCAUGGGAUUGGGAAGAAGAUAGUCAAGUUCAAGACUUUUCAGCAUCCAAAAAUGACUAUACUGAUGAAAUAAUGCAUUGUGUACUUGAACGUCAUUCUUCAUUGCUUACUAAACAACCAUUUCAUCAUGAGAGUCUUCUUGUUGAUCGCAAAGAUAAAAAAUUAAGUCAAGCUGAAAAACGUCUUGCUCGACGGGGUUAUGAGCUUGAAAAAAUGGCAGCUAAUAAUUCUAAACCAAGCUAUAACUAUGUUCCUGGAAAUACUGCAACUCGUGCUGGUGGAUUACAAAUACGAGCUAUACGCGGAGGUGACACUGGUGUAGCACCUAAGCCUGUUGCAUCAGUAAGACCAAUGCAGCAACGUGGAGCUGAAAGUCUUGGAAAUCGAGGUGUUGUUGGAAGCCGAUGGAUUCCUGCAGAAGUUUGGCAACGACAGGGUAUGAGUGCUCAAGAGAUGACUUUACCAUUAGACGUUGUCAUUCCAACUAAUUCGCCAGAUAAAAGUAGUAUAGUAUUAAAAUCUGGUCAACGAGUAAUGGUUUUAAAGAGUCCAAAGGGAAUUUACAUGCAAUUAGAAUCUGGUAAAAUUAUAGCUAUUCGAACUGCAUUAAAAAUUAACCAACAAAAACGAGAAGAAGAGCCAAAAAAAGCAACCCAAAGAAAUAUGAAACCAGAAGUGAGUUUUCCCUUAAGAAAUAACUCGGCGAUUUCAAUAAUUCCAAAAGUUGGUGGAAAUUCUACUCCAGCACCUCGAAUACCAUCGAGACCGAAUAUCGGUGUAAAUCAUAGAUUAAAUUCUGAUAAAGAAUUAACAAAACGAUCAAGAGCUAUUCCUGUGCCUGCCAUGAAAGUUAAUUUGAAUAAUCAAGUUUCCCUUCAGCGAAUUGCUAAAGGAAAAUUCGAUUCAAUGGAUCAUUCUUCUGUUGGUGAAAAUUCAAAUUCAUCAGACAGUCAGCCUCGUACAGAUCAGCGAGUUGAAGAAGUUCGAUUAGAGGAUAUAGUUGCCGAAGCUAAUUCAAAUCCUGCGUUCAGCCCUUCCAAUCAAAGUCGUGCAGCUAAUUCAGAUUCAGAAUCCGGAUUACAAAAAGGGUUUGAGAGAAAGUCCCGUGACUAUGGAAUAAGUCCGAUAACAACUGAUAAAACUGGUGAAACUCAGCAUGGUGAAAUUGAAUCUGAGAUUACUCACAAAGAUAAUAAAACUUAUGAGGCAUCUUGUGAAACGAAAGAACCUGGAGGUUCAUUAUCAACUUCAAAUUACAGACAUCAAUAUCCAAGUCAACUUAAUAAACAUGACAAUGACGAAAUUAUUAUUGAGGAACCAUCUAGCAUUGUAUCUCAGUCACCUUCUCUCUCUACGCAACCUAUGCAACAGCAACAUUUACAACAGCAGCAGCAGCAGCAGCAGCAUCAACAACAAACUGUUCAGAAACAACAACCGUCACAUCAACAGCAGCAGCAGCAGCAGCAGCAACAACAACAACAACAACAGCGACAACAACAACAACCACCACCACCACCACCUCCACCGCUACCGCCAUUACAGAAACAACAAUCUUUACAACAACCACAACCAUUACAGCAGCAACAGCAACAACAGCAGCAACAAAUGCAACAACCGUUACAGCAACAGCAACAGCAGCCUCUACAGCAACAAGCAUUACAGCCACAAAAACAGCCAUUACAGCAGCAGCAAUUACUACAACAACAGUCGUUACCAAUGCCAAUACAACCUCAACAGCAGCCACAACAACCGCCACAACAACAGCAACAACAACCAUUACAACAACAACAACAACAAGCAUUGCAACAACAGCCAUUGCAGCAGUUAGUACAACAUCCACAACAUCAUAAUCAGCAGCCUCAACCACUACCAUCACAACAAUCAUCACAACAAACACAACCGAAACCACAACCAUCGCCGCAACAGCAGCCACCACCACCACCACCGCCACCACCACCACCACAACCACAACCACAACCACCACAACAACCACAACAACCACAGCAACCACAACAACAACAAUCACAACAACCAUUGCAGCAGUCUCUUUAUCCUCAAGACAGUCAUUCAUCGCGAUCAUUAUUAAGACCUCAACCACAUAGUCAAAGACCUGAAAUUUCAAAGAACUUAAUGGACUCUAGUAGUGACUCUUCAGUAUCUGCAUUUACUGGUCCAAAUGUAGCUUCUAUAAAAGAUCGGGCUCCGGACUUACAGGAGACUGCCUCAGGAGAAUCUCAUGGACUCCCUCAAACUUAUCCAUAUACUCAAUAUCCGAGAUAUUAUGAUUAUCCGGAUCCUCGGUCACGAAGUAUAACUGCUCCUUAUGGAUCUUAUUUUCCAGCUGUUCCGCCAUCGCAUCCUACAAAUGCUCGGCCUUCAGAAAUCACAAAGCUUCAACCUGAGAUAGUUAAACCUUCGGAAGAAAGAGUGCCGAUAACGACACCUGCAGUAUACUCUCAAUCACCUAGUACCGUUAUUCCACCAUUACCUCUUGUUGAAUCGAGUGAAGCCAAAAAUCCAGAUGCUAUAUCCUCAAUGAAAAUUCCAACAACUACACCAAGUAGAACUGAUCCACAUAUAACAACAGCUUUCAGUCAUCCAGCUAGUAAUAGAUACGGUGGAGCUUACCCAUCAACGCCAUACAAUCCGUACUCUCAACACUAUCCAGCAGCUCCAAAUGCAUCUACAUCAUACCCUCCCAGUGGUGCUCCAGGAUAUGCAGCAUACGGUGGACCAGCUUACAAUCCCGAUUACGCCCAUAUGUAUUCAGCAUUUCACGGUCCUCCUCCAGCAGCCGAUCCUUAUAUGCAUCGUGGAUAUGCGCCAUCACCAGCAGCUCAUCCGCCGAAUUACUAUUCUCCAUUUCCUCAUCCACCGCCACCUCCUUAUCCUAAUUAUUCAUUUUUACCGCCUUAUCCGAAUCCGAAUAUGCCAAAUAUGCCUAGUGAGUCACAACCACCCGCUCAGUAG